GCUGCUAUGCAAGUAUUCACUACUGCAUGCAAUGUAUAAUACAAUAUGCAUUAAACAACACAAUGUCCAAUCUACAUUAAAAAAGGUUUGUUAAAAUAGUAGAAUAUGGUUAUUUUAAGGUGGUUUAUUGGGCACUCUGACAGCUGUCAGAUGUUCUUUAUUGAUGGAUGUUUUAGCUGUUGAUGAUAUCAGGCUUCUGUCUGAGGGGAGCUGCUGUAAUGUGCUGAGUUAGAUGGAUCCAUGGUAAUCUUUUUAUGCGUAUUGGUGUGUUAGAUGUGCUAGGGGGAGAUCUGUAGCUACGAUAUUUGAAGCUUUAGAGACAAUGUGUUAACUAUAAUAUCUUUGCUAUACUAAUAGGCAAUGAUCACCAGUUUAAAAAGGUUCUGACUGGUUUCCGAAUUUCCUUAAUUGUCUGACGAAGUUGAGUUUUUAAUGAGGUGGUCUGUAUUGAUUUGUCUACAAAAAUAUCUAGGAAUUUGCAGUCUGUUACAGUAAUUUGUUGGACAUUGAUGCAUUGGGAGUUUGGUCUGCAGGUAAAGCAGCUGAGAACCACUAAUGUAUAGGCUACUUCAUAGUAAGUGCCAGAUUGCAGCAGUCUUCUUUCAUCUAUUUAAGCACCUCCCCUAGUCACGUAUAGACAGAAAGCACUUAGAUGCUGAAAUCAGAUCUGCUUCUAAAUGAUUCAUGGUAUGCAUACUGUGGAGUCCAUUAUUUGCUGUCAUAUUGAAGUUACUGGUUGCCAGAGAAAUUGUUGUAACUUGUGUUAUGCAUCAUCUAGUUUAAUCUGUAGGGAAAUAAAGGACACAAAUACAGCUUUAGCUCAUCUUAAUGUAAAGUAAUGACCAAUGUCAGUGAAGCUUGAUAGGCCUACUUGUGUCUAACGCAAGACACAGAAGCCAUUCAUUCAAAGAAUUGCUGCGUCAUUACCACAUACACUAUAUUGCCAAAAGUAUUGGGACACCCCUCCAAAUCAUUGAGUUCAGGUGUUCCAAUCGCUUCCAUGGUCACAGGUGUAUAAAAUGAAGCACCUAGGCAUACAGACUGCUUCUACAAACAUUUGUGAAAGAAUGGGUCACUCUCAGGAGCUCAGUGAAUUCAAGCGUGGUACCGUGAUAGGUUGCCACCUGUGCAAUAAGUCCAUUUGUGAAAUUUCCUUACUACUAAAUAUUCCACGGUCAACUGUUAGUGGUAUCAUAACAAAGUGGAAGCAAUUGGGAACAACAGCAACUCAACCACGAAGUGGUAGGCCAUGUAAAAUCGCAUGCUGAGGCGCACAGUGCACAGAAGUCGCCAACUUUCUGCAGUCAAUAGCUACAGACCUCCAAACUUCAUGUGUCCUUGAGAUUAGCUCAAGAACAGUGCGUAGAGAGCUUCAUGGAAUGGGUUUCCAUGGCCGAGCAGCUGCAUCCAAGCCUUACAUCACCAAGUGUAAUGCAAAGCGUCGGAUGCAGUGGUGUAAAGCACGCCGCCACUGGACUCUAGAGCAGGAACUUGACUGGCCUGCAGUCCUGACCUCAAUCCGAUAGAACAACUUUUGGGAUGAAUUAGAGCGGAGACUAUGAGCCAGGCCUUCUCGCCAACAUCACUGCCUGACCUCACAAAUGUGCUUCUAGAAGAAUAGUCAAAAAUUCCCAUAAACACACCCCUAAACCUUGUGGAAAGCCUUUCCAGAAGAGUUGAGGCUGUUAUAGCUGCAAAGGGUGGGCCAACUCCAUAUUAAACCCUAUGGAUUAAGAAUGGGAUGUCAUUAAAGUUCAUGUGCAUGUAAAGGCAGGCGUCCCAAAACUUUUGGCAAUAUAAUGUAUUUCACUUUACCCACAUGUUUUCAUUGCCGAGAUAAUCUGUGCGUUUUCAAGCUUGCUUUACAUGCAGAUGAAGCACAAUAUUGCUGAUAUGGCAUUUAACUUAUACAAGUUAAUAGGCUGUAGCAAAACAGGAAGAGGUGUGAUAAAAAACAAAAGAUUGCAGUAAUUAGCACAUUUUUUAAAAUCAUCUUAAUGCAAGGACAAACAGUGGUAUGAUCUGACGGUUACAUGCUACUUUUAGUUGUUUUAUUGGACUCUUGAGGCCUCCUCUAAUGGGACAGUCCAAGCUAAAGCACUGACUGGCUGCAUCAGAGCUGCUGAUUCUGAAGUCAGUCCUUCAUGCAGCAUUUCACUGUGCUGUGCGGGACAGAGGAGCGUUUGGAUUUCGACUCUGCUAACAGCCAUGCAUCUUACAAACGAUAAAUUUUCUUCCAUCCGAAAGUGUCUUUUGGUAACUUUACUAUUCAUUUGUUCAUUUCAACUGUCACGAUCAAAGCGAAUAUUCAAAUGUCCUUCAGGAUGCACUUGCACGACAGAUUCAAUCAUUUGUGUCGGUUCGUCUCUCAUCCCGCGGACUAUACCGAGUGACAUCAACUCUCUGAGUAUUGUUAAUUGCAGUUUCCCAGAAAUCAAGGAAGCUAUGUUCUCGCUCAUGCCCUCACUGCAGUUAAUUCUCCUUAGUUCUAAUUCAUUUUCUGAAAUAAAGGAGGAUGCAUUCUCAGGGCUUCCUCAUCUUGAGUAUUUAUUUAUUGAGGGCAACAAAAUUGAAGAGAUAAACAAAUAUGCCUUCAGAGGACUUCGGGAUGUUACACAUCUAUCAUUAGCAAACAACAAUAUAAAAACAUUGCCCAGAGGUCUUUUUUCUGAUCUGCGCUCUUUGAUUGAACUAGACCUGCGAGGGAACAUGUUCCAGUGUGACUGUGAAUCCAUGUGGUUGAUGCUGUGGUUGAAACGAUCCAAUGCCACAAUCACAGAUGUUUACUGUGCCAGUCCAUCUGGCAUGAAGGGUGUCUUAUUAAAGGAUGUCCCAGAAAAACACAGCAAGUGUGUCUCCACAGAAUUUGUUCAGCAUCAGAUAGUGAAUACUCAAUCCAUGUCAGCAGACAUCUUCUCUCACAAAGAUGAUAUAUAUGUUGCUAUAGCAGUUCCAAAUUCAGACAGCUGCAUGAUCAUGGAAUGGGAUCACAUUGAGACACAAUUCAGGCCGUUUGAUGACAUCACAGGACGGUCUGUUGUUGGGUGCAGGUCUGUUCUGAUCAACGAGCAGGCAUUUGUCAUUGUCUCCCAGCUCUUCGAUGGCUCCCUUGUCUACAAAUAUGACCAAACACAGAAUAAGUUCACCAAGUUUCAGGCAGUUGAAAUGCUUAAUGUGUCCAAGCCAAAUGACAUUGAAGUCUUCCAGAUUGGAGAUGACUGGUUCUUCCUUAUUGUGGACAGUUCCAAAGCUGGAAUGACAACUCUGUUUAAAUGGAACGAAACUGGUUUCUACCCAUAUCAGUUCCUUCAUGAGUGGUUUCGUGAUACCGAUGCAGAGUUUUUUGAUUUAGAUGGCAAAUCUUUUCUCAUACUAGUGAGCCGCUCACAGGUUCCUGUUAUCUACCAAUGGAACAAGAGCACCCAGAAGUUCGUUCUCCAUGAUGAGAUAGCAAAUAUGGACGACAUUGUCAGCGUGAAGGCCUUUAGGAUUAAUGAUGUUCUUUACCUUGCCCUCGCCUGCUACAUCGGUGACUCAAAAGUCAUGAAGUGGACCGGCAAACACUUUGAAGAAGUACAAGGCUUCCCUUCACGUGGUGCCACGGUAUUACAGCCCAUCAUGUUCAAAGACCAGCACUAUUUGAUUCUGAGCAGUGAUUAUUCUUUCUCCCAGAUCUUCAGAUGGGAUGAGGAGAACCAGGGUUUUAUCAAGUUCAGGGAUGUGUAUGUUCAAUGGCCACGCUCAUUCACAGCACUGUCCACAGACCAGCGCGAUUUUGUGCUAGCCACCAGUUUCAAAGGCAAAACCAAGGUUUUUGAACAUAUUUCAGUGGAUUAUAGCAAAUGAGGCAUAUGCUAUUGUUCGUUCCACCUGGGCAAAUGCUAAAACAAAACUCUAUUCUUUAAUAUAUAUAUACAUUUAACCUUAAUAUUUAUGAAUGUAAUGUUUUGUCAACAGAAAGGCCGCAACCCAGUGCACAUCUCGAUUCUCUAGUCUUGCAAAAGCUAUUUAUGCAACAUUUUCUAUUAAAGUUUGAAUAAAUAAUGCAUUGCAGCUUAAUUUAUUCAGACAUUGAAAAUACCUGACUGUUUGAUCAUAUCAGGGCACUUUAAAAUAUAUCAGAUUCACCAAAGAUAGGGACUCCAUCCAAAAGACUGAGGACUUAAGGGGAUAGUUCACCCAAAAAUGAAAAUUCUGUCAUUUACUCACCUUCAGGUUGUUCCAAACCUGUAUUAAUUUCAUUUUUCUGCUGAACACAAAAGAAGAUAUUUUGAAGAAUGUCGGUAACCAAAGAGUUAAUGGGCACAUUGACUUCUGUAGUAUUUUUUUUUUUCUUUUUUUUUUUUCUUUUCUCCAUACUAUGGAAGUCAAUGGGGCCCAUCAACUGUUUGGUUACCCAUACACUUACUACAAAAUAUUUUCUUUUGUGUUUAGCUGAAGAAUGAAAUUCAUACAGGUUUGGAACAUUUGACGGUGUGUAAAUGAUGACAGAAUUUUCAUUUUUGGGUGAACUAUCCCUUUAAGCUUGUCAGCUUCAAGCUAAUGUAUCCUAAUGAGCUGGUUUGACUUCAUGCAAGCAUGUUAUUGGUGCUGACUAGUGCUAUUAUUCAGAAGAGACCCUCAAUGUUAUUGCCUUUGAUGAAUGAAAGCCUUAGAUAUGUUUUUUUUACAUAACAGGAUCCUUUUGUCAGUUUUAUUACUGUAGCUGGCCGAGCAAUAUACUGAAUGUACCUUUGAAAAUAUAUUAACGAUAAUAAAUAAAACAGCAUCUUCUAUU